AUGAGCCAAAGGAAAAUAGACUUGACCCAACUCCAACCGGAGCAACUUGUGGAGUUCCAAAAAUCAACCCAGCAGGAGAUAGACCACUUUACUCAAUCCUUGCAUGCUUUACAGACGGCCAACACUAAAUUGAAGCAAUGUAUAAAAAGUGUCGAUCGCAUGAGUUCUGGUAAUAACUCGGAGCUUUUAGUACCACUUACAAGCUCACUUUACGUUCCAGGAAGAGCCAUAGACAAAGAUGAAUACUUGGUGGAUAUAGGUACGGGAUACUUUGUGGGGAAACUGGCUAAAGAUGCAAAGGUUGUAUACGAGAACAAGAUCAAGAAAUUGACUGAAGAUUCGGCCAAAUUAAAGGACAUUAUAGUGCAGAAGAAUGAUAUUAUGAACUCGAUCAACAUGGUAUUGCGGAGCAAGGUAGCCGAGCAGGGGUGA